AUGGCUGAGCAUGUCAUGUUGUUAACUGGAUUUUUUGCACAUCCCUAUGAUAAUUUUCAAUUUGAUGAUCUGCGUUUGCAAAGAUUGCAUGAUAUACUCACCAUUAUGUACAACACCACAAAUUAUCAGUCUGAAAACAUAUUACGCGAAUUAGCACCAGACUGUAAGGAAACAGUGAUUAGAGGAUUACUUUUUGGUACUCCAGUUUCACCAAAUGGAUUUUUUUUUAAACGCAUAACACCGUCAAGUAUUUGUUGUAUGUUUAAUUAUCGCAGAGAUGGUUAUGCAACGCGCGAAGUUAAUGUCUCGAAGAAUGAAAGAACUAUAAAAUUUGAAUCUAAUUCCGUACUAAAUAGCGUGCAAUUUGUAUUACAAAACAAACGAAAUGAAUACACUUACACUGAAUUAUCAAAUAGUGGAUUUCAGCUAUAUGUAUUUCCAACGGAUGACUUUUUCAUACAGUCAAAUACGAAUGGCGAAGUCAUGGUGACUGAUAACUCUAUUGUGGAAAUACCAAUAGUACCUAUAUUUUUAGAGUCCAACCAAAAUAUACGAAAAUUUUCACCACAAAUAAGGCAAUGUUAUUUUCAGGAUGAGGGACAAAAAAUCAUAAAUCGGUAA